AGGACUUUUGGUCAAUAAAGCAAGUAUAGCCAUUCAUUUCAAAGGGAAAUAAAACAACAAGAAAUCAGCCACACAAUGCCUUCAGACAAAGAUGCAGGUGGAUGGUCGGCUUUUCUGUGGAAUUCAGAGAGGAAGGAAUUUCUAGGACGCACUGGUUGUAGUUGGUGUAAAAUCAUUACAUUCUACAUCAUCUUCUAUGGCUUCCUGGCUGGCAUAUUCAUUGGCACAAUCCAAGCCUUGAUGCUCACCCUCAGCGCCGACAAACCCACUUGGCAAGACCGAGUCGAACCCCCAGGAUUGACACACUCACCUCGCUUAGAAAAAGCGGAAAUAGUCUUCACCAUGCACGACUUGGAGACAUAUUUGACGUAUAUCUCUUCAAUGCGGAAUUUCUUGGAACCCUACAAUGUCGAGAAUCAAAGGGACCCGUGGAAGUAUGAAGAUUGUGGCGCUUCACCUAGUGCAUACAAGGACCGGGGUGACUUUGAUGGUGACAUUGGCAGCCGACGAGCCUGCCGCUUUGAGCAGUCAAUACUCGGGCCAUGUUCUGGAAUCGAGGAUCGCGAGUUUGGCUUCAGGGACGGAAAGCCUUGCCUGAUCAUCAAGCUGAACAGAAUUGUUCAUUUCUAUCCAAGGCCUCCAUCCAAUAAUGAAGGCAUCCCAGAGGAGGCCCAGCAGAAAGUUCAACCCAAUGUGAUGCCUGUCCACUGCACCAGUAAGAGGGAAGAAGAUGCCGAUAAAAUAGGUGAGAUCAAUUACUAUGGCAUUGGUAAUGGCUUCCCCUUGCAGUACUAUCCCUACUAUGGCAAGAUCCUGCACCCUCAGUAUCUCCAGCCGCUGGUCGCUGUCCAAUUCGUCAACCUCACCAGGAACACCGAGCUGCGUGUCGAAUGCCGAGUGUUCGGUGACAACAUCGUGCACAGUGAAACGGACCGCUACCAGGGAAGAUUUGACGUUAAAAUCCAUGUCAUCGACGACGCUGGGGAAUUCAGGCAUUUUUGAUCAACAAAUUUAAUGACUUUUAAGACCGUUUUAAGACUUUGUCCCUUGAAGUGCCCCUUUUUCUUUUUCUUAUUGGAGUGUACUGUAGUUACAUGUUGCUAUGUUGGUUCUUUCAAAGCCAUGUUGUAAUCUUUAGCAGUCCAAUUCGGGUAUGUGGAGGUGUUUGGUCGCUUCUAUUUUAACGUCAUCUCUGUUUGGAUCCGAAUGAAUGAACUGGGCUAGCUAAGUGCUAUCAAAAUAGUGCCGCGCACCAGAGCCAUUGAGUGCACACAUUGAAACGAGAGUGGUAUGUAUCAACUCACCUUAGUUAAGGGAAUAACGUAGUUUAAAAAUGGUGGCGUUUUCAUAUGAUAGUGGCCCCUUUUUUAUUCGAUCACAGAUUACUUUUCCGUAACACUUUUGCUCCUUUUGCUGUGUGUCCAAUGAAUGUUUUUUGCCAUUUACAUGGUAGGACAAUUGUACAAUUUUACUUUUUGUUGGUUAUGGUUAUGGUUAUGGUUAUGGUUAUUUAGCAGACGCCUUUGUCCAAAGCGACAUACAAUAAAUAACAAUACAAAUUAAAUAACAGUGAACAAUUACAAAAAGGGAGAAUAGCAAUAUUAUCAAUAAACAAUCAAUUAAGCACUAACCUAAUGAGAAAUAAAACAAUGAAAUGAGAAUUGCAAUCAAAUAAGUCACUCAGUUAAUUAUAACAAUAACUAUUGUUGUGUUUUAUUCUGCAGAAUAGUGUCAUGUCUAACUCCAAAACCAAAGUCACUGUGGGAGGAAGGUAGAGUUUUCAGAGAUUUCAAUGCCCCAUAAUCAACGAAAUGUCGAUGUUGAGCGCUCAUUGCAUGUCCAACAUCAGUCCAACAUCGGAGACAAAAUUAACAUGAACUAGAUGUACCGCAAAGCGGUGCAAAAUAUUACUGCCGCUACUACACUUCCAAUUUCGUGCAGUUUUGACCAUGUCAGCCAGCGAUACCUGUGAUUGUGAACACUUCACUCUUUGCUUUUUCAUUUUUCACUAGGGGGCGCUAUACAUGAAAUGAGUGGUUAUGGGAUUUGUUGACAUGGCCCCUUAAGACCAACAAAAAAAGUGGUCCUCCUAGGCCCUACGGUUCUCGAGAUAUUCACAGAAAACUGUGUCUGGCCACCUACUGGCCAGUUGAGGUAUAUUAGCAUAAAUUAAUUUAUUGCAUGGCCCCCCAUGAAUAACCUGACUCUCACCAGAUCCUUGUAGUUCGCUGAGCUUCACACAAGGAUCUGGGACUUCUCGAUACGAGAUGUAUUUCUGAAGGCGGGGCCUUGUAAAAAUAUCCUUGCAUGUGAUUUGAUAAACUACUUGUCCGUUAUCUUCAAUGACGUGCUAGGCUACUUCAAGCUCUUGCCAAACCCGGUCGGAAGAAGAGUGAAAACAUCCUUGCCACCAAUAAAUGCACUUCAAAACCAUUCUCUGUUAAUCUUUUAAAAAAUGAAUACUCGAUAGAUUCGACAAAACGGUUGAAAUAGCAGAAUCAAUGUCAGCAAAAGACUCCUUGCUGCGUGCCGCCAUUGUUGUUUGAAUCAGUCACUUUGGCGCUACGUCACAUCCAUGAAAUCCCCUCCGGCGAUCCUGAUUGGUUCAUUAUUUGUUGCUCCCUUGAAGGAGUUUGCAUUGCCCUCGAGCCUAGACCCUUGUGUGGAGCUCAGCGAAACGCCUCUGGUGGAGCAUGGCGGAACUACAACUGUCUGGCGAGACUCAGGCAACCCCAUGAACAGAGUUCCACAAAACUUAUGUGUCAUAAUGAUCCUACUCCCACACUGCCAAUUCGUGCAGUUUUGACCAUGUCAGGUCAGAAAUACCUGCAGUUACGACACCUCAUUUUUGCUUUUUCAUGAUUAACUAGAAGGCGCUACACAUGAUAUGAGUGGUUAUGGGAUGCGAUGACAUGGCCCCUUAAUUAACCCCCUGAGGUCUAAAUCCUCCCUGGGGAUUUUGUAAAACCAACAAAAGAAAAUAGGAUUUUCAGUCCUCUCACCUUAAUUUGCAUUUUAAAGAGCCACUCACUAAGAGACACAUUUAGUCUGACUUUUUUUCCAAUUUGUAGUAAAACUAACAUUUUUGAAUGUUCUUCUUACUUGUAUGUAGCCAACACUGUUUUAAAGGUUCCAAUUUCAAAAGUCUUGGUUAGACAUAUUUAUAGUAUGUUUUUUUUAAAAGGCUUGAGGACCUUU